CUUUGAAUUGAAGUUUGUACUUACAACAUAAUUUGAUGACUGCAGAUCGAGAAUUAUACAAUGUACAGGAGCUUCUUUGUUACUACAAAUAACUCGCUGUACCGCAUCCGUCCGACUUCGACCCAUUACGGAUAUACGAAAACAAAGAACUGCCGGCCAUCUCAUCACUUCCUUCCUGCGGUGUAUGUACCUUAUCCUCCUCACCACCCCCUUGCGUAACCCCUUGGCCCUCGAGACACCCUACUGACCUCGGAUACAGCAAAUUUGCAUGAGCAACAUGCUGGCCCAGUACUCGACUCUGGGCUGCGAUUCCCCGGACCCCAGCUUGCCUGUGCCGGAACGUCAACUUUGGCUACGGCAUCCGCGACUGUGCCAACGGGGCCUGCGGCACGGUGACCGCCAGCACCGUCAUUGCCUUUGGCUCAUCCUACUGCGCCAUUGCCGAGGCCACAGAGACCACCUUCCCCGUCACGGCCACCCCGACAAUCACUGCCAUUUCUCAGCUUCCGGCCUGUGGUCAGACUUGCAUGAACAACAUGAUUGGGCAGUAUUCCACUCUGGGAUGUGCCUCUCCUGUGCCGUCGUGUCUCUGUCAGAAUGUCAGUUUCGGAUAUGGCAUCCGCGAUUGUGCGAAUGGGGCGUGUGGGACAGCGGUUGCAACCACGGUCAUUUCCUUUGGAUCAGCAUACUGCGCAUCUGCGACGGCUGCCUGAACCUCCGCGUGAAAGCUUGAUUUGAUAAUGUAAUUUAGCCAAAUACUGUACCUUGGGUCGACUGGGCAAAUGCUUGAC